CAGUACGUUAUCACGUCUGUUGGGAAUGGCAUGGCUACUGUUAUCCUCUUCCUUUUGUGAUGUAUUAUUUGAUCUGUACCGUCAUUAAGGGCAUUUUGUGAUGGUGCCAGAAUUUCGAAAGGAGAUACACGUGUGGUUAUUAAGUCUUCGUGUUUCUAGUAUUGCACAGUGACUGUUCUUGUAUGAGGUUAAAGUUUUCUAACCUACAAGCUGUUAAUUUUGAAAAUCGCCCGAACUACAGUUUUCGUUCAUGUGCAAAAUAAAUUUCUACUGAAAGCAAGUGAAUGCAAAGUAACCAUGCUCUCCAAAAUAUCAUCAUAAUUAUGAUGUCAACGAGUAAUCUUUUAAUGGCGAUAAACUGUUGAAGUGUAUUAUAAGUUGGAGUGAGCGAGAACUGUAUAUCACAAUCAUCUGGAAAGUAGUUUAGGAUGAACAUAGAAUCAGAAGUGAAAUAAAGAUCUGAGUAUUGAUUUACUGGAAGAAAAUGGCAUCAAAAGCAAAAGUGAAGAUGCCCGGGGCGACGACCCAGGAGCCGCCCAGCGAGCGCCGGCGGCUUCCCAAGCGGUCGUCGUCCUCGGCCAGCAGUCUGCGGAGGGACCCGCCAGGCCACAGCAACGUCGUCAUCACAGGAUACACGUCUGUCAACACAGACCUCCCGCCCAUCACCUCCUCGGACGUCCUCAAACCGGCCGGGGAUGCGUUAAACCCCCAGAUCCGUUCUCGGGAGAGCCCCGGCGGCUCCCCGGGAUCUUCUACAUCGUCAGGGGUGUCCUCACUGGGGUCCGCGUCGCUGCAGAGGAAGCUCCCGCGUUCCCCCGCCAAGAGGUCCGCGUCCAUGCACCAGCAGCGACCCUCCUCGGUCAACGGCUUUGGAGGCCCCUCGACGUCAGACACGUCCUCGGUGUCCUCGUCCCCCGAGAGCGAAAGCCUCGACGAGGACGAGCUCACGUGCGCCAUCUGCCUGGACCUCCUCCACCGGCCGCGCUCCCUCCCGUGUGGCCACUCCUUCUGCCUCGUCUGCUUGCAGAACUAUGUCAAUUCAUGUAGGAUGAUGUUCACGUGCCCGUCAUGCAGAGCAGCAGCGCAAGUCCCGCACGAGGGCGUCGUGGGGUUACCUACCAACAGGGUAUUAGCGAAGGGCGCGCAGGUGUUGCGACAACAGCGGCAGUGUGGUGACACGCCCGUGUGUUUCACUUGUCAUACGGCAGUGGGCGUCAGUGAGUGCGGACAUUGUGGGCGGAUGUGGUGCGAUAUCUGUGGCGCCAGCCAUGCUCUGAGUGUGCGAGAUGCUGUGGUUGAACUCCAAGAGCGUUUGGUGGCAGCCCGUGAGACCCUCUUCUAUCGCGUCGAAGAAGACGAGUUCCGCUUUGAUAAACUUGAGGAAAAUAUCAAGGACGCGGUGACAGAGCGUAUAGAGCAGGUGAACGAAGACGGACGUCGACUAAUCUCUCAGGUACAAGAAAUGAGAAAAGAUAACCAACAACGGUCAGAAAACCUCGCUGAGGACAUUGCAAACUUAUUAAAAACAAACAUUUCGUUGAAAGACGAUGUGCCAGUAGAGUGGAAGAGAGUGGGCCGCCUACACGCAAAGCUUUCCCAUCUCGUCAAAGCUGUGUCGGCUGCCAAAGGACCUCGCGUAACCCUUGACGACAACACCUUCUCCCUGAGCACGCCGUCAAUAGAAGUCCCUGAAACCCAAGUGGAAGUGAGGACCGAAGAGGGAGAAGAGAAACAAGUCACGCAGAAGGAUUAUAGUCUUCUUUACAGAAGCAAGAGUUCCCUGGCGAGAAUCAGAUGGGGGCAGCACCUUGGAGAGAGGCCAGCGGGCGUCGCCGUCAGCCCGUGGACAUCGCAGAUAUUUGUGUCUGGCAGUGACACUUGCAGAAUAUUUAUGUUCGACAGCUCUGGAAGACAAGUCUCAAGCUUUGGGUCACGAGGACGCAAAGACGGGCAGUUUCUGUGUCCAAUCAGCAUAGCUUUUAGUCAUGUAUCAAAGGAGGUCUUUAUUUCGGACAAAUGGAAACACUGCAUCCACGUGUUCGAUUCGGACGGGAACUUUAUCCGUCAGUUGGGGCGAAAAGGGAAAGGUUUCGGACACUUCAUUUCCCCCGAGGGCAUUGCCACUGAUCGCUUCGGGAGAAUCUACGUGGCCGAUACGUGCAAUCAUCGUGUACAAAUUUUGGAUAGCGACGGCGUGUUCCUGCGCGAAGUGGGCGUGGUGUCCUCAGAAACACUAAAGGACGGGCGUCGGUUCACCAAGAGUGAGUUUAACGAGCCGUCGGGCGUGGCUGCGAGUCUGGAUGGUUCUCGGGUGUAUGUGGUGGACACGGGCAACCACAGGAUUAAGGUAUUUGACGGCGUAACGGGCGAAAGGGUCCUCAUGUUCGGAUCUCGCGGGCAGCACAAAGGCCAGUUCGAAUCCCCCGAGUGUAUUGCGGUCGACGCUGAGGGAUUCAUCCUCGUUGGUGACUCGGGUAACGGGCGUGUUCAAGUGUUCAGACCCAAUGGGAAUUUCGUGAGGUACCUGGGCACGCGUGGGAAUUGCCAUGGCGAGUUUGGAUGGGUAUCGGGCAUAGCAGUCUCCAAGAACCUAGAUGUUGUUGUUACUGAUUUUAAGAACAACCUCGUGGCAAUGUUCUGAAGGAGGAGGCUGGGCAUCUGUUUAUGGUCUUUCAUAUUUUCAUGCGUGGUGUUUCGGAGAAAUUUGUUAAUGUGUGUGAUUAUUGAAAAAUGUUAUCAGGACCAGUGAAUAUCCGAAUGUACGAACAUGUUUAUACACACAGAACUACCAUGCCAUACUAUUCAACUAUUAUCCAUAUAUCUUGAGAGUGAGUAGGAAAAAAAUACAACUACGGUCUCAUGGCUGUAAAUGUAAAUCAUAAAUAGUCUUACAGAUCACAAAACCACCACAGAAUGGGGAUUUCCAGAGAUGUUUUGUAUAUACAACCCGUAUGUACAGCAAUAACUCGUAGAGGCUGUGAAUGUCAUGUAUCCUACAGUAUAACCUCAUGUGUUCUAAGCCACAAUGUUACUUGAGAGUAGAUGUCCAGAUAAUAGGUAAAUGUUAUUAGCUUUACAUCUAGUGACUUCAGUCUGAUUGUUAUUUAGUGAUAGUUUAUAUCGUGGAGUUUAAGAUGAAAGACUUACAUGUAUAUAUGACGGAGAGCAGACUGCAAUGAAUGAAAUGGUUCUAUUAGGUGAAAGUGCCAAAAUUCAAUAAAUAAUAUAGUAACUGCUAAUUUAGAAUCAAAUAUAGAAGAGGUUCUUUUGUAACUCA